GAUUUUCUUUCUCGUCUUUCUUUUCGUUUUUGCAGGGUUUCGAGGAGCUCUGUCGGAUGGGAGCAUGGGACUUUGUCAUCAAUCUGAGUGGAUCGGAUCUCCCACUCCGUGAUGUAGACGAUACCGCCGCCAUGCUGGCAUCAGCUAGAGGGCACAAUUUCAUGAGACAAAACGGCAACUGGAAGGACCGGAGCGACAAACCCACCGAUUUCUCUGUCUGGUAUGGAUGCGGAGGCCACGUUUACAAUGUGUCUUACAGGGGAAAGAGACCGGAUUGGACGGACAUGCACAGUACUUCACAGUGGGCUGUCUUCUCAAGGGAUUUCAUUGAGCUGGUAGUGAGUCCAGACAGGGGGAUCUUCAUGAACAAUCUGCACUUCUUUGCCAGUACCUGCAUCAUACCGGAUGAGUCCUACCUGGCUUCCAUGCUCAAGAUAUCACCUUUCAGAAACACCUAUAUCCAUGGCAACCUGCAUCAUCUGAAGCAGUUUGCGCGGAAGGAUGACAGAGGCUUUUGCCGUCACACGGAAGACAUCGACUUUUGUGGACAGGGGCCGGGUAUAUUUGAGACGAAAGACACCGAGAUCAUGGAGAGUAUUGCCAACCAGCUGUUCUUCGCCCGCAAGUUUGACGGUGACCCAGAGAAUCCAGCGAGGUUGUUUGCUCUCAACCAGGUGUCGGGGCAGUACUACGAGUUCUUGAGGAAGAACUUCAUCUCCGAAGAGAUGCUAAGGCAACUGAUCAAGCUUGCGCUCCAGACCGAGUACGGAGACAGCUGGGAGGAGGAGGUCCAGGUGAUGGAGGUCCUCAAGCUCCGGGCACUGCCCAUGCUCUUACCCAUCGAUCCUUGCUGUAUGCCCAUCUACCAUACCAAGCACCAGAUGUUCAAGGACACCAGAUACUGGAUCGAUUUUCUUGUGGCUGAAACAGGAAGUGGAGAACAGAGAGCUCUGCGCACAUCUUUUAUACCACAGAGCAGACAUCAGUGCUUUACAAGGGGACAGAUCAAAGGGUUCUACUUGACUACAAAACAUGCCAAAGACAAGAAAACCCAGGUUCAGCCGAGCUCUCCUAUCCCGACUGAGUCGGCCGGAGGGUCCACACUCUACCUGGCAUCCUAUAUCAACCUCAGUGAUAAUAUGCUACCAGCCCCGGAGUGCAACGAGGUUGACAAUCUCCCUGACGAUAGCUACGACGGGAGAUCCCCAGACAGUUUCUCCUUCACCACCUUCGGCGAUGAGAGGACAGCCGAGAACCACGCCGUCCACUUCAACGCCAGUCUCAUCAACCCCGAGGGGGAGGUGAGAUGCUUCAUCGACGUCAUCAUCACCUUCAAGAAAGCGCAUCCUUCCGUCCAAAAGUCUGAUACCGUCCGUUUCAUCAACACCCUAAUGUGUGGUAACAUGGAGCCGGGACUAUGGACCCUGGUCCUGUUUGAGCGUGGGGUCCGAGAACCGUUCCCUUACACCAUCCAGAUCUUCCUCACCCCAGAGAGACCCAGAGGCUGGCUGGACUUUACUUCUCAUGGUGAGAAAGAUAAUGUGAUCUUUUAUUAA